ACCAGUUCGCGUGAGACGAAUGGUCGGUGUCGCGCAGUCACGUCUUGCACCACCGCUAAAGGAACGUUGUCGCGCGCGUGUUGCGUGCGUGCGUACGUGCAUUCCGUAUAUCGCACGCAUCGCUCUCUCGAAAAGCUCGAACACCUGCAAUUAGCGCGAAUCGGCAGUAUAGUGCGUGGCUUGGCACGCACUUCGUGCGAUUGAGGAGACACGGUUAGACCCUCGUGCUAUCCCGACACGUUUCGGCGACGCCGAAUACGUCAAAUCGUGCAUCCUGAAAGAGAGGAAGAGCCACCCGUGCACGACGAGGACGACGAAGACGACAACGACAUAGCUGCGAUCGGCACUCGCUAUUCUUACGGCGACGACAAGGUGACGAAAGUGGAAGCUGAAACGGCCACGAGGAUAACAGGUGGCAGGAAGCUAAGAUUAGCGAAGUGUCACCACGCGUCACGCCGGUGUGGUGGGUCUAUGGGGGGCACCGCUUCAGCGGUCCCCCGGCUCAAGUCCAAACGGCAAUUGCCGGAACGGCAGUGCCAUCCUGGCACGAGCCAAGACCGCCCCGAUUCCGAUACCACCGUCCAAACGGAUGAAGAGCCCCUCCAAUAUCAUGAGGCAGUCCAGCCUCACGAAACUCGGUUCCAUGAUCAAUACAGCUGUGAACAAACGUGCCGGCAAUGGUGACAUACAGUGGUGUUUCUCGCAAGUCAAGGGGACUUUAGAAGACGAUGUUACAGAAGCUGAUAUAAUCUCGUGCGUCGAAUUUAACCAUGAUGGCGAUCUUCUUGCAACAGGGGAUAAGGGUGGACGUGUUGUCAUUUUUCAAAGAGACCCCAUUAGUAAAAACAGUAUACCACGAAGAGGCGAAUACAACGUGUAUAGCACCUUCCAAAGCCAUGAGCCUGAAUUUGAUUACCUAAAAUCACUAGAGAUAGAAGAAAAAAUUAAUAAAAUUAGAUGGCUAAAAAGAAAAAACCCUGCCCACUUUUUACUUUCCACAAAUGAUAAAACAAUCAAGUUAUGGAAAGUUAGUGAGAGAGAUAAAAGAGUAGAGGGGUAUAAUACUAAGGAGGAAAAUGGUGCGAUCCGUGAUCCUGCCUGCAUCACUGCCUUGAGGGUGCCAACCAUAAAACCAAUGGAGUUGAUGGUGGAGGCAUCACCAAGGAGAAUAUUUGCCAAUGCGCACACCUACCACAUAAACAGUAUAAGUGUCAACAGUGAUCAAGAGACAUACCUCAGUGCUGAUGAUCUUAGAAUUAAUCUUUGGCACCUUGAGAUAACUGACCAGAGUUUUAAUAUAGUAGACAUUAAACCAACUAAUAUGGAAGAAUUAACAGAAGUCAUAACUGCAGCGGAAUUUCAUCCUGCAGAAUGCAAUGUAUUGGUAUACAGUAGUAGCAAGGGAACUAUUAGACUUUGCGAUAUGAGAUCCGCUGCUCUUUGCGAUCAGCAUAGCAAGCUCUUUGAGGAGCCAGAAGAUCCAACCAAUAGAAGCUUUUUCUCGGAAAUUAUUUCAAGCAUAAGUGAUGUAAAACUCAGUAAUUCUGGAAGAUACAUGAUUAGUAGAGACUACCUCAGUGUGAAAGUGUGGGAUUUGCAAAUGGAGACAAAACCGAUCGAAUGCUAUCCCGUACAUGAAUACUUAAGAUCAAAAUUAUGUUCAUUAUACGAAAAUGACUGCAUCUUCGACAAGUUUGAAUGUUGUUGGAGUGGUAAUGACUCGUCUAUCAUGACGGGCUCGUACAACAAUUUCUUUAGAGUAUUCGAUCGUACGACUAAACGCGAUCUUACCUUAGAGGCAGCCCGCGACAUUGCCAAACCAAAAACGCUCCUGAAGCCGAGAAAGGUAUGUACUGGUGGUAAGCGCAAGAAGGAUGAGAUUAGUGUUGACUGUCUGGACUUCAAUAAGAAAAUACUUCACACUGCAUGGCAUCCAUCUGAAAAUGUGGUGGCUGUCGCUGCUACGAACAAUCUCUUCCUAUUCCAAGACAAACUCUAGCACAUCUGUAUGCAAAUUAUACAACGGUACAUAUUAACGUGAGCUAGGCACGUUGAACUGAUGAAAGCUCCCAAUGCAACCACGGGUGUCCGAAUAAUACUGACGAUAGUCGACUGCUAGUCUGUCAGUGGUUGACUGACCGAGGAGUGGUGUACGUAGCGCCGUCCACGCAGCUCACAUUCAUACAUGCUAUAUACACAUAGACAUACAGGAUUGCACCUCAUACUUUGUCGCGCACAUAUUGUGCAUAUUGAAAAGAGAUGCAAACACGGGAUUAUACGCAUAACUCUCCAGGCUAUCGAGUUCGCUGGCUCAAAUAUAUUUGCAGAUAAAAGAGACGUACGCAUUUGGCAGAAUAUGUGAUUCAUCCAAUUUACAGACUCGUGUUGGCAGUUAAUAUAUGAUUUAUAAAUAACUAAUAAUUAGUAAUUUUUUGCUUGUAUUAUAGAAAAUGUGCCAUUAUACGGUGCAGUCUAUAUGUGAUCACUGUAGACCAGAGUGUUUGAUUAUCGCAUUGGUGAACAGCGACGUGAGUAGAGCGAGAAUGAAUUACGAGUUGCUUGCUGGCUCGUUUAUGUAUGAUCAAUACGAAUAUGUGGUAUAAAGUAUUAAGUUUUUCUUAAUUAAAUGCCUAACUAGCGCGAGAAAAACGAGAGAUCAGUCGUGCCAACGAGAUUAAUCUGUAAUUAUUGUAAUAUUCUAAUUUUUUAUAUUGUCACACAUACACGGCACCAGUUAACUGUAAACAGAAAAUAUGCCACAACUGCGCUGAAGUUUCCUUUCGCUUUGCAAUUAAUAAUCGAACUGAGUGUGAUCUUGAAGUUACGAAAAUGAAGAAUAAAUGAUAUUUACCAAUAGUUUUGCUUACAAAAUCGAAAUAAUGAUCGUCGCCAAUACAGUUACCAUGACCAGCAAGACGAUUUCGUUACACUAAUUUGUCUAAAUUAUAUAUAUAUAUAUGUAUAUCUACAUUUUAAUAUCACCACAUGCUAAAAACAUAUAUAGGCCUAUUUUCAAGUUAGUUUAUUACUCUUAUACAUAAAUCGUUUGUCUCAGUCGCCAAUACGAGUCAAAAAUAAUAAUGGAAAGUAAUCGAGCUUUCCUCCCAUUAUAUAUCUAAAAAAAGCUAAAUGUUGCUGCAUUAAAUGUAUCGAGCAAUAAGUGUGUGGCGCCGAUUUAAAACAAUGUAUAUCAAUUGUCAUUUUCUAAAAUUGCCCGAUCGGGAGUAAAUGGAAAUCGAAUAGAUAUGGAAUACAGAUUUUUUCUAAUCUUU